AUUAAUCCCACGUUCCAACCAAAAAUUCCAGUAAAAAUAAUUUGGCGGGAUUUUGCUUGUCUAAGUAGACGACAUUUGUGGCUAACGUAAAAUUUUUCGGAAUUUUUUUGGAAAUUUUUCGUAAACGUACAACAAAUUACGAAAUUUACGAUGACAUCCCCUGCAAACCUACCCUGGGUAGAGAAAUAUCGGCCAAAACAAUUGGAUGACUUGAUUUCGCAUCAAGAUAUAAUUUCGACAAUACGCAAAUUCAUACAUGAAAAUAGACUUCCUCACUUACUUUUCUAUGGACCACCGGGCACAGGAAAGACAAGCACUAUUUUAGCAUGUGCAAAAGAGCUUUAUACUCCCCAACAAUUUAAUUCUAUGGUUUUAGAGUUAAAUGCCUCUGAUGACCGGGGUAUCAAUGUUGUGCGCAAUCAAAUUAUGAGUUUUGCCAGCACAAGAUCAAUCUUUAAAUCUGGUUUCAAACUUAUUAUCCUAGAUGAGGCAGAUGCCAUGACAAAUGAUGCACAGAAUGCACUAAGAAGAGUCAUUGAGAAGUUCACUGAAAAUGUUCGAUUUUGUCUCAUAUGCAAUUACAUGAGCAAAAUUAUACCAGCCAUACAGUCACGUUGCACUCGUUUUCGAUUUGGCCCGCUUAAAUCAGAUCAAAUUCUACCUCGAAUGAACUACGUUAUCGAAGCAGAAAGGCUUAAAGUGACAGAAGAUGGCCGCCAAGCGCUAUUGAGCUUAGCUCAUGGAGAUAUGCGUCGAGUCAUCAACAUUCUUCAAAGCACUUCAAUGGCUUUUGAGGAGGUGAAUGAAGAGAAUGUCUAUACUUGCGUCGGCCACCCCCUUAAAUCAGAUAUUGCCAAUAUUAUUUCUUGGAUGCUAAACGAAGAUUUAACAUCGGCUUACAGCAAAAUACGGGAUCUUCAGACUUUUAAAGGUCUCGCUUUGCAAGACAUCUUAACGGAAAUCCACUUGUAUGUUCACAAAAUUGAUUUCCCUCCAAACGUCAGAAUCUUUUUACUGGAGAAAAUGGCAGAUGUUGAAUGUCGUCUAUCUGCUGGAUGUUCCGAAAAAUUGCAACUGGGAUCUCUAGUGGCCGCUUUCGAUACGAUUAAAUAUUUGGUAGCAAAAGAGGUAUCUUAAGAAGUUGUUUCUUAAUCCCCUCUGCCUCAUACACUAGUGUAACAAUUCGUACGUACUUCAAUUACAUCAUUUGUCUUCAGAUCUA